AUGCAUCGUCUCACACGACAUCUUCUCGCCACAGACAACAUGACAUCCAACGCUGCCGCGAGCAGCUCGCACGACGAGCUCGUCGAUUUCGACCCGACCGAGCAUCCUCAUCGGCGCUACAACCCCCUCACGCGCAGCUGGGUGCUCUGCUCACCGCACCGCACCAAGCGCCCGUGGCAGGGCCAAGAAGAGUCACCUCAAGGCACCUCCCUCCCUCCCUACGAUCCCAAAUGCUACCUCUGUCCCGGCAACGCUCGCGCCACGGGCGGCACCAACGACAACUACACUUCCACCUUCUUCUUCGAGAACGACUAUGCGGCGCUCAAACCCCAGGCCGUCGCACCCGAGACGAACCAGCAUCCUCUCCUGCAGUCGCAGCCCGCCCGCGGUCGAUGCUAUGUGAUCUGCUUCAACCCGCAGCACAAUCUCACCCUCGCUCAGCUCAGUACGGUACCAUUCUCGCCAGAGGAGCACAUCGUACCCAUCAUCGAGAGCUGGCGGACGAUCUACCGACAGAUCAGCGUGGAGAACCCGUUUGUCAAGUACGUGCAGAUCUUCGAGAACAAGGGGAGCGCCAUGGGCUGUUCCAACCCGCAUCCGCACGGGCAGGUGUGGUCGUUGGACUACAUUCCGGAGGAGCCGAGUAAGGAGUUGGCUUCGUUGAAGGAGUGGUGUCGCAAUCCUGUUAACCAGGACGAGAAGAUCAACCUUGGCGCGCUCGAUGACCAGAAGAGGCCGUCGAUGCUCUUGACGCUGGCCAAGCUGGAGCUGACAACGGAAGGACAGCCGCGUGUGGUGGUGGCAAACGAACACUUUGUCGCCCUCGUACCCUACUGGGCCGUGUGGCCGUUCGAAGUGCUUCUUCUGCCGGCAAAACGACAGAUCCGACACGUACUCGAAAUGACCUCUUCGGAGGUGGUGGCUCUGGCGCAGAUUCUGGCAGAAGUGACGUGCAAGCUGGACAACCUCUUCCAGUGCUCCUUUCCGUACUCGAUGGGCGUUCACCAGCAGCCGACGGAGAAGAGCCAGGGUGAGGAGGACGACUCUGCCCAGUUCCAUGUGCAUUUCUAUCCGCCGCUGUUGAGGAGCGCGAGCGUGAGGAAGUUCUUGGUCGGAUUCGAGAUGAUGGCCGAGCCGCAGCGGGAUUUGACGGCGGAACAGGCGGCGAAGCGGAUCCGUGAGUGCGCGGAUCGCCACUAUCUGACGACGAUGAAGGAGGGCCCAAACUGA